AUGGCUUCGGGCUCGUUGAUGGUGGAUCAGACGAGAACAUCAUAUGAUACAUCACAUGAAUCAUCACCGCGAGCAAUCAACUCACCGGCAUCCUCACCGAUGGGUGCGGGCGAGUCGUCAACACCGCCCGCCGCCAGCUUCAUCACGGCGUCACCAUCACGUGACUCGUUGUUCAAUCAGCAGUUCAAGACACGCGACUGCAGCAUUGUCGUCAAGGUGUUUGAGGCGCGCGGCCUGCUCGAAGCACGUCUGCGCAAGAAGGAGCAGACCAAGAACAACAACAACAAGUCAUUCAAACGUGCGCAGAGUCUCCUCACCGAGAUCUCGUCGCCCAACCUCAUGCAGUUCUCCGACACCACCGACCCUUACUGCGUCGUUCAGCUCGACAAACAAAGACAUCGCACCAGGACCAUUCCCAAGAAGUUGAAUCCAUUCUGGUGUGAGGAGUUCACAAUGGAGGCACAGGAUCCAAACGCAGACAAGAUGACAGUGUCGAUCAUUGAUGAGAAGAAGUACUCGAACGAUGAGGUCAUUGGCAAGAUUGUAAUACCAAUCAAUAUCUUGAAAGAUCAGAAGGAGCGCGAGCUCUGGUUCCCCUUGCAAGCACCCAACUGCACAAAGAAGGUACCUCAACUACAGAUACGCGUAGACUUCAAACCAAUCUCCCUGACAGACCCAACAACACCAGGUCACAUCAAAUGGAAGGUGCUAUUUGGAAAGAAUAUAUCAAGCCAUUCGACAACACCUAUUAAUGGAAGCACUAAUGGAGCAGACUUGGGCGCACCAUUUAUCAAUUGGAGCGUGCGAUCAAAGAAGGGAGGCAUCAUUGUGGAGGAAGAGGGAGUGUCAUGGCAGAAGGCAUCGACUACAGGUGUCGAGCAAGUGUUGAGCGAAGCGAUAGAUUGCAUCAACUUUAUAGUGUGGCGCAAUGAGCCCAAGACUGAGGCGCCCAACAACUCUGCGGCCGCCCUCUCACCACAAAGCCGAAGUCGAUCAUCGACCAACAUCCACGAACUGGCCAAGCUGACACCAGACAACAAGUCACGCUCUUUCUCUAGCGCAUCGAAGUCACCUCCCCUCCCAAGCUUCAAGUCAAGCUUCCCUCCACCCGCCACUCUGCAGGCAUCGUCAACGAGUGGCGGCAGCAGCAGCGGCAGCAUGAUGACGAGCAGCGGCUCGUCUGAAAGCCAAGGAUCAGCACUGCUCACAUCAUCGACAGAUAGCACAGGCGCAUCGCAGGCCCCAGCCGGAUGGGAGCCCGUCGUCCUGGGCAUGGGCAGCAUCAUAGCGUCACACAUCGAUACGGAGAAGCCAUCGGACGUUUGGAUAUGCCUGUAUCCCAACCAGACGGUGGAGAACCGACUGGGCGAUGUUCGUCUCAAGCUCAAGUACUCGGAAGAGGUGGUGCUGCCGCUCAAGUCGUACGGCCCGCUGCUCGAGUUCAUUCAAGACGACGAGAUGUCAGUGAUCAACAUCCUGGGCAACAUUAGCAAGCAGCGCGAGACCAUUGCCAACAUCCUGAUACGUGUGUUUGAGAAGACGGACCGUUGCGCCGACCUGCUACGACGUCUGACCGAGCAGGAGAUCGACUCGACGGACAACCCCGACAUCAUCUUCCGUGGCAACUCGUUGGCGACAAAGAGCGUUGAUCUGUACAUGAAGCUGAUCGGCCUGCCGUACCUGGCGUCGACGAUUGGCCCACUGAUCAAGAAGAUCUAUGUGUCAAAGAAGUCGUGCGAGAUCGACCCGACCAAGCUGGAAAAGGGCGAGGACAUCAAGAAGAACUGCCGCAACCUGCUCAGCUUUGUAAAGAAGAUGGCCUCUGCCAUUAUGGGCUCGGCCGAGCGCUGUCCUGAGCCCCUGCGUCAGGUGUUCCGUGCGAUCCAGACCAAGGUACGCCAGAGAUACCCAAGCGACGAGGUCACGCGCUACACUGCCGUCAGCGGCUUCAUAUUCCUGCGCUUCUUCUGCCCAUCGAUCCUGGCACCCAAGCUGUUUGAACUGAUGCCCGAUCAUCCAGGCAUGAAGACCACGCGUACGCUGAUCCUCAUCGCCAAGACGCUGCAGAAUCUGGCCAAUCUUGUGGAGGUCAGCGACUGCAAGGAGGACUUUAUGAAGGACAUGAACCGAUUCCUCGUCGACAACAUGGACAACAUGAAGACAUUCAUCGACAGUCUGGCAUCACCAGUGGCGGCGACGUCAGUGGGCGACCAGCACAACACGCUGGCUCGUGCCGAGUUGGUCAACCCCAUCUCGCUAGAGAAGGAGCUGGCCUGUCUCUACCGACAGCUUAUCAAACAAAAGGAAGACAUGUGGGAGGACGUCAACACUGGCAACAAUCCACAACAUUUGGAGACAAUGCAAGACCUCGAGGGCAUUCUAGCCAAGCUCGAGCAAGAGGUCAACGAAGCAAUCCUCAUGUAA